AUGCAUAGACUGAAAUCUUCGCAGAGGGAAAAAGUGAAAAAGUUUAUAUCUUUCACCCAAACAGGUGAAAACACAGCCAUAUUUUGCCUUACUCAAAAUGAUUGGAAGCUAGACCUAGCUAGUGAUAAUUACUUCCAGAACCCCGACGCCUAUUACAAAGAACCUCGGAGCGUAGACAAAAAGAAACUAGAAUCCCUUUACAAUAGGUAUAAAGACCCAAAUGAGCCAGACAAAAUUACAGUGGAUGGCGUUAUGAAGUUCUUAGAUGACCUAGGCCUACCUCCUGAAUCAAAACUUGUUCUUAUUAUAGCGUGGAAGUUUAAAGCUGCGACUCAGUGCGAGUUUACAAGAGAUGAAUUCAUAAACGGUAUGACAGAAUUAGGUUGUGAUAAUAUUGAUAAAUUAAAAGCUAGAUUGCCUACGUUAGAAAAUGAAUUAAGAGAUAAUUAUAAGUUUAAAGACUUUUACCAUUUUACCUUUAAUUAUGCCAAAAAUCCUGGACAGAAAGGAUUAGAUCUUGAUAUGGCAAUCGCAUAUUGGAACAUUGUUUUAAAAGGGAAGUUCAAGUUCUUAGGUCUUUGGUGUACGUUUUUGCAGGAACAUCAUAAGCGCUCUAUUCCCAAGGACACUUGGAACCUGCUGUUGGAUUUCGCCCAACAAAUAGCAGACGAUAUGAGCAAUUACGACGAGGAGGGCGCUUGGCCGGUCCUGAUCGACGAUUUCGUGGAAUGGGCAUCGAGUAGAACCAAGGAGAAUCAACCUCACAGCACUAGCCAGUUGGAAUAA